AAAAAAAAGUCUAGAGAGAGAAAAUAGAGGAGAGAGAAAUACAUCGGCGGCCUGACCUCUUUGUUCUUCUUAUACUUCUGCCUUCUCUCUCUCUCUCAUCGCCACGAUUUUUCUGCUUGAUUCAUCGUCUACUGUAAUCUGGGGGGACUUUCUUGUUCUUCAAUUUGAUUGUUGUGAGGCUCUUCAGAAACUCAAUCUGUCUAAUCUGCUGAAGUCGUCGGCAGUGGAAUUACCGGCCGGAAAAAGGAUCGUGCUCUUAUAGACGACGAUUUGAAGAAAAUCGGAGUUGGUGUUGUUGCAUUUAGCUUUUGGGUUGACUUUGAUUAAAGAAUUGGAUCAUGGACCAUGUGAUUGCGGGGAAGUUCAAGCUGGGGAGGAAGAUUGGGAGUGGGUCUUUUGGAGAGCUCUAUUUAGCUGUUAAUGUGCAAACCGGAGAGGAGGUUGCUGUCAAACUAGAACCUGUGAAAACCAAACAUCCCCAGCUUCAUUAUGAGUCCAAAUUGUAUAUGCUUCUUCAAGGAGGAACGGGAAUCCCCCACCUGAAGUGGUUCGGAGUUGAGAGUGAUUACAACAUUAUGGUGAUUGAUCUUCUCGGGCCAAGUUUGGAAGAUUUAUUUAACUUCUGUAAUAGAAAGUUCACAUUGAAAACUGUCUUGAUGCUUGCAGAUCAAUUAAUUAACAGGGUUGAGUACAUGCAUUCAAGAGGUUUUCUCCAUCGCGAUAUAAAGCCCGACAACUUCUUAAUGGGACUUGGGCGGAAAGCCAAUCAGGUAUACAUCAUUGACUAUGGCCUCGGAAAGAAGUACAGGGAUCUGCAAACUCAUAAGCACAUACCAUACAGGGAAAACAAGAACCUCACUGGCACAGCUCGUUAUGCUAGUGUUAACACUCACCUAGGAGUUGAGCAAAGCCGAAGGGAUGACCUAGAGUCUCUUGGUUAUGUGCUUAUGUAUUUCCUACGAGGAAGCCUUCCCUGGCAGGGUCUCAAAGCAGGCACCAAGAAGCAAAAGUAUGACAGGAUCAGUGAAAAAAAGAUUUCCACCUCUACUGAGGCGCUUUGCAAAUCACAUCCACCAGAGUUUGUAUCUUAUUUCCAAUACUGUCGAUCACUGAGAUUUGAAGACAAACCAGAUUACUCAUAUUUAAAACGACUUUUUCGUGACUUGUUCAUACGACUAGGCUAUCAAUUUGAUUAUGUGUUUGACUGGACUAUUCUAAAGUACCCUCAAAUUGGAGGUGGCUCCAGAGGACGACACUCAAGUGGGAAAGCCGCAGUUACUCCAGGGCCAUCUGCAGAAAGGCCAGAGAGAACCUCAGUUGGGAAAGAGAUCCGGGAAAGAUUGUCAGGUGCAGUCGAAGCAUUUUCCAGGAGGAAUAUUUCCGGUUCCAGUCCACAUGUUGAUCAUUCUAAACAAAAGGCUUAUGAGGAUGUGCGUCCUGAUUCUGACCGUGUACGUGGUUCUUCUUCCCGAUACGGAAGCUCCUCGAGAAGAGCUGUAAUUGCAAACAGCAAGCCUAGUUCUUCUGCCGAUCACAGUGAGGCUCGUCGACUAGUUGCGAGCACUGGACGCCCCUCUACCACUCAAAGACUUCAUUCUUCUUACGAUACAAAGCCAACCUCAUUUGUUCGAACAUCAACUGCAAAAGGCAACCGUGACGAUCCCCUCCGAAGCUUCGAACUUCUAUCAAUCAGGAAGUAACAAGUAACAAGAAGGUUUUCAUUAGUAGGGUAUUUGGCAUACGCAUUUGCGAUUAUAUGCAUCAUUUAGUUCUGUUCUCUCCUGUACAUGGACAUCGCCCAAUCCCAACCCGAACCCGAUCAUGAACCAACAAUGCAGCAGCAGGUCAGUUGACACAUCUUGUAUGACCCACCCCCCUCCCCCCUCCCCCAGAAGAAAAACCAGGAUUAUUUUUUUCCAGCCCUUUGCCCUCUGAAGCGUUUACAGCGGGCGGGCGAUCGUAUUAUGUUCUUAGACGCCACUCAAGAUGCAGACUUUGACGUUGAACAUUUCUACUUGUGACCCAAGUAACUGUAAUAAAAACUGUAUUUCCUUUGAAGUAGCUUAUGAAU